AUGCUGAAUAAAAAAAGAGUAGUGGUAUCGCAAAACAUUUUGCAGAAACUUGAAUAUGAGAAGAAGAAAUGGUUCCAUCAGCUGCCUCAAGAACUUGGUACUAUUAAUAAAAAUCUUACUCAAGAUCAAAUUAGGAAACAAGGAAGCAGUGCUUUACAUGGCGAGACACUAGCGUAUGAGACAAGUAAGUAUCAUUUUGGAACACAGAAGCAGGUGGCCUCCAUAGAGGCAUGCCUAGGGGCUGUCCAUUAAUCACGUGAUGUGUUUUUCAGCAUUUUUCAAUCAUCAAAAUCAUCAUAUCACAGUGGGUCAUCAGACCAACAAUUGGCUCGUACACUGCUCAACAAAGGUGCCAUUGGAGAUAGAGUUGCUGCAGCUACUGUCUUAAUUCAGUCUGUACAAGUACAAAUAGUGAAUAUCAAAAGAUACUACACGUCUCUAUACAGGAAGUUGACCUGUCCCGAGAUAUUCAACACCACCCACUCGGCCCUCCUCUUCUCGCUCAUAUACAAGUCGUUGAAACAGGACAAGAACAUAAACCGGAUCGCGGCGUUCGUGAAGCGACUGCUCCAGUUGUGUUGCCACCUGAGCCCGGCGCAAGCUUGCGGCAUCCUGUUCCUCAUAUCUCAAGUGUUGAAAGAUAACGAUAAGAAGGAAGCUUUGACCUUAAGCAGGCGCUCCCCGAAGGAAAUCAAAGAGGUGAGUCGUUGCACUGACUCUAUUAAAGUAAAAAGAGACAUUCUGCGAUGGUUGGUCCAAAGAGAAAGAAGACCAUAG